GCAUCUCAAUUUUGUUGUACAAUGACAAUAAAGAUCUAUUCUGUCCUAUUCUGCUCUAAAUCAGAAAAUGGUGAAACAUGCUAAUCUCUGUUUUAGGAAAGCCCAGGUUGCAACAUCUUGUUUUGUCUGGACAAACAGCCCACAGCCCAAACACAUUUAGUUUACUGAACAAGAGUAAUGAAAAAAGGAAAUAUUUACAUUUAAGAGGGUGGAAAAGUUUUUCUUCUUUUGCCAUUCAACUGAUUGUUUCAGCUCCACUCCACUUCUUCUCCCUCUGUCAGUGACAAUCUUUUUGUUUUUUCUCUGUGUCUGUGCCUCCGAUUAUUCACAGUCAUCAUGGCAGAAGCCCACCAGGCGGUGGCCUUCCAGUUCACCGUCACCCCGGAGGGCAUCGAUCUGCAGCUGUCCCACCAGGCCCUCACUGAGAUCUACCUCUCUGGUGUGCGCUCUUGGAAGAAACGUAUCAUCAGACUCAAGAACAGUGUGGUAACAGGCGUCUAUCCCGCCAGCCCGUCCUCUUGGCUUUUUGUGGUCAUAGCAAUCCUGGCUACCAUGUACACUCGGUCCGACCCCUCCAUGGGACUCAUAGCCAAGAUACAGGAGCACCUCCCUGUCAGCCAGUCCAUGAGUAGCCAGUGCCAGACGGUGGUGUCGGCCGUGCUCUUCAGCACCAUGCUGUGGCUCUUGCUCAUCUUCACCAUGCGCCUGUGCCUCAAGCAGCUCCUCUCCUACCACCGCUGGAUGUUCGAGAACCAUGGGAAGAUGUCCAACACCACCAAAGUCUGGGUGGCGCUGGUGCGGAUCUUCUCUGGCAGAAAGCCUCUUCUCUACAGCUACCAGGGUUCAUUGCCAAACCUGCCUGUGCCUGUCGUAAAGGACACAGUGAAGAGGUACUUGGAGUCGGUGCGUCCGCUGAUGGAUGACGCAGAGUACGAACGCAUGACCAAGCUGGCUGCAGACUUUGAGAGCAGCCUCGGUAACCGGCUGCAGUGGUACCUCAAACUCAAAUCUCUCUGGUCUUCCAACUAUGUUAGUGACUGGUGGGAGGAAUAUAUUUACCUACGAGGACGAAGCCCAAUAAUGGUCAACAGUAACUACUACGGCAUGGACUUCUUGUAUGUGACACCCACUCCCAUCCAGGCGGCCAGAGCAGGCAACACCAUAUAUGCAUUCUUUCUCUACCGCCGCAAACUCAACAAAGAGGAGCUUAAACCUAGUCGCAUUCCAGGCACUGUCAUUCCUCUGUGCUCAGCUCAGUGUGAGAGGAUGUUCAACACCACACGCACUCCUGGAGAGGAGACCGACACGGUGCAGCACUGGCAGGACAGUGACUACGUCGCGGUGUACCACCAAGGACGCUACUUCCGGCUUCGGGUGUACCAGGCAGGCAGACUCCUGUCCCCAAGGGAGAUUGAAUUCCAAGUUCAGAGGAUCCUCGAUGACUCUUCACCUCCUUCCAAAGGAGAGGCAAAACUCGGUGCCCUGACCGCCGGUGAAAGAGUGCCGUGGGCUAAAGCCAGGAUGAACCACUUCAGCAGCGGGGUCAACAAACGCUCUCUGGACUGCAUUGAGAAAGCUGCUUUCUUCGUGACUCUAGAUGAUGACGAGGAGGGCAUGUUGGGAGAGAACCCAGAAGCUAGUUUGGAUCACUAUGCGAAGUCCUUGUUGCAUGGGAAGUGUUAUGACAGGUGGUUUGACAAAUCCUUCUCAGUUGUUUACUACAAGAAUGGAAAGACUGGUAUUAAUGCAGAGCACUCAUGGGCCGAUGCACCAGUGGUGGCACACUUAUGGGAGUUCGCCCUGGCCACUGACAGCUUCCAGCUCGGGUACAAUGCAGAGGGUCACUGCAAAGGAGAAGUAGAUUCAUCAUUACCACGACCACAGAAGCUGACCUGGGAAAUCCCUCCAGAAUGUGAGGAGCAAAUAUCUCAGUCUCUGGCAGUGGCCCAGGCCCUGGCUGACGAUGUCGACUGCCACGUCUUCUCCUUCCGAGAGUUUGGCAAGGGGAGGAUCAAGAAGUGUCGAGUCAGUCCAGAUGCCUUCCUUCAGAUCGCUCUUCAGUUGGCUUACUACAGGGAGCGUAGGACAUUCUGCUUAACGUACGAAGCCUCCAUGACUCGCCUGUUCAGGGAGGGCAGGACUGAGACCGUUCGCUCCUGCAGCAAUGAGAGCAGUGCCUUUGUCCGAGCGCUGGAGGGUGAAGAGGCAACAGAUGUGUGCAGGCGUUUGUUCCGCGCAGCAUCAGAGAAGCACCAGAAUCUGUGUCGUAUGGCAAUGACCGGAGCUGGCAUCGACAGACACCUCUUUUGCCUCUAUGUGGUGUCCAAAUACCUCGGAGUGGAGUCUCCUUUCUUGAAAGAGGUGCUGUCUGAGCCCUGGAGGCUGUCCACCAGUCAGACUCCACUCCAGCAGGUGGAGCUGUUUGACCUGGUUAACCACCCAGAGUACAUCUCCUGUGGAGGGGGCUUUGGUCCGGUGGCUGAUGACGGUUAUGGGGUGUCUUACUACAUCUAUGGAGAGAACCUGAUUAAUUUCCACAUCUCCAGCAAACAUUCAUGUCCAGACACUGACUCCCACAAGUUCGGUGCUCAGAUCAGAAAAGCCCUGCAAGACCUGAUACAGCUGAUUGGCCCCAAUCAAAGAGAGUCCAGCAGAACAGAAAAGAGUCAGCACGAGUUCAAAAAAGACAAGUAGACCCGACGCUCAGGGAAAAAAGGAUGAUGAAGGGAAGGUGUGCAAGUAUAAUUGUUACAUCAUGGAGAGUCAGGAGUUUUCCUCGUGCAUUGGAAAACUUUUAUAGCCAACCUGAUAAUAUUGAAGAGACAGCUCAGUGGGGAAACUGGUUUAAGUGGGGUGAUGUUUUUACUGAAACGCCUCUGUAUUUGUGUGCGUGUAUGAUGAGAGAAAAGGGAAAAAGGUCCAUAGAAUAACAAAUCAAGAAAUGUGAUUCAAGUACAGUGCGGCUUAUUUGUUUAAUAUCGUUUUAUUUUUUUGUUUUUUUAAAAGAAGCCACUAAUUAUCUACGUAAAAGUUAGGGUAGAACUUCCUAACACGUCAUGUUAUUGCAGGGAGUAAUUUAACAUACAUUCAAGUGCAGUAUGUUUUUGACACAGUUAAGUAUUCUGAACAUUUUGUGCCACUAUUUGCUGUUGUUGAAUUUGUUUGGUUAGCUGAUGUGUGCAAUACAUCUGGAGAACAGACACGCAGGACUGUUUAGCUGAUGUCAGUUUCUACCAUCUGAGUGCGACAUUGCUGUGACACCAGGUAUUUAAACAUCUUGUUUACUCAUAAUGUAUUAAUCUGCUUUCACCAGCAACAAAUGAUUGUAACGCUCUGCUGAGAACGCCAGGCUGUUUCUACAUGUAGUGAAAUGACACAAUAAAAUCAGAUUUGUAGGUUGGCAUUAUUACACAGUAACCUGAUAUUACAUUUUAGUGCCAUUUCACACAGAAAAUAACUUUUUUUGUUUUAAAACUGAUUCAAACUGUACAGACAGUAUUUUGAAUAUACAUUUUCCUUCAGUGGUCAGUAGACAUUUCAAAUGAACCAAGUUAUAAAAUUGUACUGUGAUAAACUCCAGUUAUUUCACUGCCAUCAACGUAUAAAAUCUGUUUUGUAUAUUUUAUUUUUUAUCACUGUGUUAUUAAACAAGCACCAUGCACCACAAUGCAAGCUGUAUCUAUGAUCAACCUGUGCAGGUAUUCAGUCCCAAGCAGUGCUGCAGGUCAGAUGUGGAUUACUUAUGAUGUGACAUUUUAUGAUCGAAGAUGGUGAUGCAGAUUUCUCUGUUAUUAUUCAUUAUAUAUAUAUUAUAAUAUUAUUAUUAAAUGACAGCUUUUUUUUUUUUUUUUUUCUUUGGUUUCUUUUCACUCCAGGUCAGCUGAGCUUGUCCCAUUAUAUUGCUAUUGUCAACCUUUUUUAUUGCCAAAUU